GGAGUACAACACUAAUACUGUUGUUUAGUUUAGCCAAAAAAGAAAAAGAGAGAGAGAGAGAAAGUUCGUGGAAGCAACCUUAUCAAAUCAAAAUCAAUCCAUUCUUAGUGCCACUCAUACUCACAAGCUCACCUUCCACCCUAAUGCUCUUCCACUUCUUCACUCUCUCUCACCCCUUUCAAGGAUAAUAAGGAAUUUAUUUAUGGGUGGAUCAAUUUCUAAACGGAGGAGCUCUAGGCAACGUUCUUCAUCCUCAAGGUCACGUCCUUUGUAUCCUCAAUAUCAAUCACCUUAUUUGCCACAACAAACCCAAGAUCAUGGAGCAAUGCAUGGGAAUCAAUUCCCACCUCAAAGCUAUGGUGGUGUUAAUCAUGCUCCCCAACAAACAAAGGGUUCAGACAAGAAGUUUACAAGGAUAGGUGAUAAUUUUAAUAGCUUAGAACAGGUAACUGAGGCUCUGGCAGGUGCUGGCCUAGAGUCUUCUAAUCUCAUUGUUGGUAUUGAUUUUACAAAGAGCAAUGAGUGGACAGGUGCAAGGUCCUUUCAAAGGAAAUGCCUGCAUCACAUCGGGCAUGAACAAAAUCCAUAUGAACAAGCUAUAGCUAUCAUUGGCAAAACAUUGUCUUCCUUUGAUGAGGAUAACUUGAUUCCCUGUUUUGGAUUCGGAGAUGCGUCAACACAUGACCAGGAAGUUUUUAGUUUCAAUGCUGAUGAUAGAUUUUGUCAUGGAUUUGAAGAAGUGUUGGCACGGUACAGGGAAUUGGUCCCUCAAUUAAGGCUUGCAGGACCCACAUCAUUUGCCCCAAUCAUUGAGAUGGCAAUCACCAUUGUUGAGCAAAGUGAAGGCCAGUACCAUGUUUUAUUGAUUAUAGCAGAUGGGCAGGUGACAAGAAGUGUUGACACUGAGCGUGGGCAAUUGAGUACACAAGAAAAGAAAACUGUAGAAGCUAUUGUGAAAGCUAGUGCAUAUCCCCUGUCAAUCAUAUUAGUUGGAGUUGGAGAUGGGCCAUGGGACAUGAUGAAAGAGUUUGAUGAUAACAUACCUGCCCGAGCAUUUGAUAAUUUUCAGUUUGUGAAUUUCGCAGAAAUAAUGUCAAAGAACAUGGACUGGUCUAGAAAGGAAGCUGAGUUUGCACUUUCUGCCUUGAUGGAAAUACCUAUCCAGUACAAGGCAACACUAGAACUUAAUAUAUUGAGCGCUCGGAGAAAGAACGAUAUACACAGGAUUCCUCUGCCGCCACCUCAAUAUGGCACAUCUUCUUUCAACUCCCCAAAAACUUCCCGUCAAAACAGUUUUCGCCCCAGUGCACCAUCUCACAAACAUGGUGUUGACACGAACACACAUGCAAGUUCUGCUUCUGAUAAUCAGUGUUGUCCUAUUUGUCUCUCCAAUCCUAAGGAUAUGGCUUUCGGUUGCGGUCAUCAGACAUGCUGCGAGUGCGGACAAGAUCUUGAGUCAUGCCCCAUUUGCAGGAGUACCAUUGAUACUCGAAUAAAACUUUAUUAGACUAUAUCUCUGAAAACUUGUGCAUGUUUUUUGGUGUUGGGGUAUGGAACCUAGUUUUCUGCAAGUUUCUUGAUGACUGUGGUGGGAGGAUGGGUGGAAAAGGGUUGCUUAUUAGCUCCCCCAUUGUAAAUAUUUUUGGCAUUACAUUCUCAAGUCCAUGAUAUGAGCGCAUUUUUUAUCAGUGUUGAUUCUCCAUUGUUAUAUUUAUUUUGUGGAAAUUUAUCAAAAUAAUUUUCCAUGC